UCAGAAAAGCACUCUGCCGUCGCCUGCGUCCCCGAGGAUGGCUCCCAAACGCCCCCGAACCCGCUCCGCCGCCCGCCUCGCGGCUCCUUCCACCUCUGCCGCCCCUCCACCGCCGCCCCGUCCCUCCAGCGUCUCUGACGAGAGUGACGGCGACGAAUAUCUGCCGAAGGAGGAGGGUCGUCGCAUGAGGAGCAACGACGACGACGACAGCGGCUCCGACGAUUUCGCAGAUUCGGAUGACUCCUCGGACGAAUCUCUGUCCGAGGCCUCUCGAGAACGCAGGUUCGAGUGGCGAAGGGAGGAGAACGUCCCAAAGCAGUUCAGGUUCUCGGGGCAUCCCGGGGUCAAUUGUGACCGGCUGCACCGGGAGUCCUCGCCCUUUAAAGCCUAUUCCUGCUUCAUCACGUCUGAAGUAAUGGACCUUCUAGUCAAGGAGACAAACAGGUGCCACCGCCAGCGCCCGACGUCGUCCUCGUCGUCGCACGUGAAGAGGUGGCACGACGUUUCUCGGGAGGAGAUGCACACCUACUUCGGCCUCCGGCUCCUGAUGGGCCUGCAGCCGAGAUCCGACAUGAGGACGUACUGGUCGCUGGAUCCCAUCACCAGCCAUCCUGUAUUCCCGAAGACGAUGUCAAGAGAUCGUUUCCUCCAGCUGUCGCAGUUUCUGCACGCGGGGGACAGCAGCGCGACGUCUCCUGAUGACGACGGCCUGUGGAGGCUGCGGCCGCUGAUCGAAGCGCUCAAUCGGCAGUUCUCAUCGGUCUACACUCCCCCCGGGAGGGUUACGGUGGACAAGUUUCUCCUGAACUUCCGGAAGCAUUCCUGUAGCGACGUAUCUGUCCGCGGUGUGCCUAUUCGGCUCAAGAUAGAAGCGUACAGGCUGUGCGUCAGCGAUGAGGCGACAGCAGGCUACACCUGCGCCUUCAGCAUAUACGCAGGACGGGGCAGGCGGGACUUUCCCAAAUCCACCAAGGCCAUCAUCGACCUGAUGUCUGCCGCGGACCUUUUCGGGAAGGGCUACGUGCUCUAUACCGACGACCGGUUCACUUCGCCGGCGCUAGUCCACCUGCUGCAGAUUCGCAACACCAACGCGGUCGGCCUGGUGCGCCCCAGUCGCAAGCACAUGCCGACGGACCUGGAUACUAGGGUCCGCGGCGACGUGGACUUCCGCAGCACACCUACGGGCAUGUUGUGUCUGCAGUGGUUCAAUCAAAAUCCCGUUACUGUGCUGUCCACGAUGCACACUUCUGAAUUGGUCACGGAAAGGACCCGCUUCGGUUUGGAGCGCACCAAACCCAGGGCGGUGUCCGAGCAUCACGCCGCGGUGCGAGGGGCACGCCAGUUAGCUCAGUCGUUCCCAGACGCCCGGGAAGCCAUGUGGUACAAGAAGGUGAUUUUCGACCUUCACAACAUGGCCGUUGUCAAUGCCUACUGCGUGCACAAGGCCGUCGGAGGGAACCUGACUUUCCUCGAGUUCAAGCGCAUGCUCAUUCGCAAGCUCAUCAUGAAGUCCGUCAGCAAGAGGACCGAUGUUUCCCCUUUCGACCCAUAGUCUCCGAGGAGAGACGCCUUCAGGGAGCGACAGCCCGGCGCCGACGCCUGGCCGGAAGCACCGUCGCUGCAAGGCAAGUAGUAGGCGAGGGAGGAGCAAGACGACCAGGACCAUGUGCAACGAGUGCGGCGUCCCCCUGUGCCAGUACGGCUGUUUCCGCAAGUGGCACUCAGUCGUAGUACACAGGUCCGGGCUCCCUCCUCGCCCCUUCACCACAGAUCACGUGCUGUAUUGUGUCCUUGUAUAUUUCCGUGAAUAAAUGCC